AUGUCUCCUUACAUGUCAGACAAGGUCGUGAGACCACAGCAUGCUGGUAGAAUACAUGGUGUUGCUCCACACCUGGACGAAGAUCCUGCCCUGGCCCCCAACGGUGCCGAUCCAUUCACCAUCACAACGUCCACUGGCUUUAUGCCAUUGCAGGCACCGAUGUAUGACCUUCCGGCGGCCUUCAAGGCAGUAUCAGAGCUAGCCAACGCGAUGCCGGUGACCAAGCUCGACGGGACCCCGGGCUUGCUUUCCACAUUUGAGCUGGGUCCUCGCAUCGACAAUGGUGCUCUGCUGAACCUUACUAGCGAGAUUGACAAUCUUGUCACAAGCGACGGUAAGCCCGACCUACCCAUUAUCACAGCAGUGUUCCGAGACUACGCUUUCUUGGCUUCGGCAUACAUCCUUGAACCGUGCUGGCAGAAAUAUAGUACAGGCUUGGAGGGCUACGGCUUGGGCAGACAGAUUAUGCCAGCGUGCUUGGCUGGACCACUUGUCAAGACUGCCAACCUGCUUGGCAUACACCCCUUCAUGGCAUAUGCGGCAGCUUACAGCCUAUACAACUUUCGCUAUGCCGAUCCUGACGUCGGAACAGCAGAGUAUGACAACCUCCGUCUCAUCCGUGCUUUCGAGCACGGACUAGAUCCUAAAUCGUCCGAGGCUGGCUUCAUCCUCACUCACGUCGAUAUGGUCAAGCAUUCGUCAGGUCUUGUGGACGGGAGCGUACAACUGCUUGAUGCAGUAGCUACAGGGGAUGACAGCAAGGUCGCGAAUGCCUUUGAGCUCCUGCUCGACACCAUGCACGUUAUCGAGGAAUCGAUGGAGACCAUGUGGACGAACUCCCGUCCCAAGGACUACAUCUCGUACCGCACGUUCAUCUUCGGCAUCACGAACCAGUCUAUGUUCCCAGACGGUGUCAUCUACGAAGGUGAGAACGACAACAAGCCAAUGUCUUUCCGUGGAGAAUCAGGUGCAAAUGAUAGCAUCAUACCGCUACUCGACAGCCUGCUGCAGAUUCCUAUGCCGUCAAACCCGCUCACUGAGAUCCUCAAGGACUUCCGCAGCUAUCGACCGAAGCCGCAUCGUGAGUUCCUGGCUGCUGUUCGUCAGGAGGCAGAAGACGUUGGGGUACGAAGCUACUGCUCGCGCAGUGUGGAGAAUGCCGUCAGCUAUUUGAAGUUGCUGGAUCACGUCCGCAGCUUCCGUUGGCGACAUUGGAUGUUCACGCGCGAGUACAUCAUCCGCCGUAGCAGCCAUCCCACAGCAACAGGCGGCAGUCCAAUCAUCAGGUGGCUCCCCAACCAACUUUUUGCGGUCAUGGACCUGAUGGACGAGACUUGGCAAGGACUGAGCGAGAAGGAUCGUGAGGACGCAGGCACGUAUGUCAAUACUGUGAUGCAGAACGUGAAGGAACAGCAUGGCAAGUUGCAGACAGAGGUCGAGCGAUGGUGUGCUGAGCGAGCACAGUGA